GCCAUCCCCAACAUCGGGCACACAGACAGAACCUCUGUUUUCACUUCCUCGCUUCCCCUAUUUCUUCUUUUCUCAUUUCAUCCUCUCUUUUCUUUUCGAUUUCUGGCAAGGUAUGCUACAAUGCAGAUUGAUGGGAUUUUUCUUCCUCAAUCUCUAUGAAUGGUCCCUGAGCGGCAUUGCCAUUUUAAUGAGUGUGAGUGUUGAUUACAUGCGGUGACCUCUGCCGUCUUGUAGCCUUGGAUAUGAAUCUGUGAUUUUGGGAUCACAGAUAUGACUAACAAAAUUCUGGAAGUGUCUCAGGGAGAUGGCGGUACUUCUCUACCCUCUUCUCAGCAUGGGCCACCAGAGCAUCAGUGCUCACGCGGCAGCAAUGGCAAUGCGAUUUUCAAGACUGGGCCACUUUACAUAUCUUCUAAAGGAAUUGGAUGGACAUCCUGGAAGAAAAGGUGGUUUGUUUUAACACGCACUUCACUGGUUUUCUUCAGAAGUGAUCCAAGUGCUGUUCCUCAGAAGGGGGGUGAAGUGAAUUUAACGCUUGGUGGCAUUGACCUCAACAAUUCAGGCAGUGUUGUUGUCAAAGCAGAUAAGAAACUUUUAACCGUGCUGUUUCCUGAUGGACGAGCUUUCACACUUAAGGCUGACACUGCAGAGGAUUUACAUGAAUGGAAGACUGCACUUGAGAAUGCUUUGGCACAAGCCCCGGGUGCUUCUGAUGUAACAGGGGAAAAUGGUAUCUUUAGGAACGAUCAGACUGAUUCAAUUGAUAUUUCUUUGGACCAGUCAAAGGAUGUAGAACCAGCAAAAUCUACAGUUGUUGGCCGGCCAAUUUUACUUGCUCUUGAGGAUGAUGAUGGAGCUCCAUCUUUUUUGGAGAAAGCCCUUAGGUUCAUAGAAGAGCAUGGAGUCAAAGUUGAAGGGAUCUUGCGACAGGCAGCUGCUGUUGAUGAUGUUGAAUAUCGAGUUCAGGAAUAUGAACAGGGAAAAACUGAAUUCUCUGCUGAUGAGGAUCCACAUGUUGUUGCCGAUUGUUUGAAGUUUGUACUCAGGGAAUUACUUUCAUCUCCAGUCCCUGCAUCUUGCUGCAAGGCUCUGUUAGAAGCAUGCCGAACUGAACGUGCUGGUAGGAUUUCUGCUAUCUGUGCUGCAAUAUGUGAGACUUUCCCUGAACCAAAUCGCCGUUUAUUGCAAAGAAUACUCCAAAUGAUGCAAACCGUGGCUUCCCACAAAGCUGUGAAUAGAAUGAGCUCCUCCGCUGUGGCAGCUUGCAUGGCACCCUUACUUCUUCGCCCCCUUCUCGCUGGGGAAUGUGACAUUGAAAAUGAUUUUGAUGUGGGUGGUGAUGGUUCUGUUCAACUUCUACAAGCAGCUGCCGCAGCUAACCAUGCUCAAACGAUUGUUAUAACGUUAUUGGAAGAAUAUGACAGCAUAUUUGGGGAGGAGGGAACUGGGUCCCCGGGCAUAUACUCUGAUUCAGAAGAGAGUGGAUCUGGGAGCGAGGAGGGUACUGAAGAUGAGGAAUCAUAUGAUGAUGAAGAUUAUGAUGAUGACUGUGAUGAUGAGUGUGAUGAAGAAUCGAUACAAGAGUCCGAUGCAGAUGCAGAGGGAAGUGAGACUGAAGACUCAGGGUGCAAGGAUGAUAAGAAACGUGAUCAUUCAAGGUCAGAUGUAAAAUCCUCUGGUGACAAGGAAGAUCCUAAAGUCAACCAGAUAUCAUCACAGCCAAGUGAAGUCUCACUAUCUCCGGAUGUUGCUGUCAAGAGCCGUGAAAACCUGACGAGUUCAACCAAGACUGCUCGUGCUGAAAAGUCCAGCACACCUGCUAACUUAGUUGAAGUUGUUUCCACUGACCAGAGUACAGCACAUAAUUCGACUUGUCCUGGUGACAACAAAUCAAUGGACAUAUAUGAUGAUCCAGCGCAUGCUCCGAGCCACACAAUAUUGGGGCGUACUUCCGUAAGUAAAUUUGCAAUGAAGAAUCUUACCAUGGAAACUGUUGAUUCUUCUAAAGAGGCAGCUGAAAUCGAGAAUCUUGAAGCUAUCAAGAUAGAAUUGCAAAACCAAAUCACGGAGGAGUCUAACGCAAACCUGCAAUCUUAUCUGGAAAAACAAAAGAAAUCCAUGCAUGAGCGUCGCCUGGCUCUUGAGCAAGAUGUGGCUAGGCUACGGGAACAGCUGCAAAAGGAGAAGAAUUAUUGGGCAACUCGAGAAGCAGGAAACAAGUAUUCUCCUAGAUCCUCAUCCGAUUCAACCAGUGAUGAAAAGACCAAGGCAGACCUUGAGGAAAUAGCUCUCAUAGAAGCAGAUCUCACCAAGUUACGGCAGCGGAUUGAUGAUUUUGGCAGGCGGUUUAAUUUACAGCAUGAGCACACCUCAAAUCAUGAAACAAAAUUGAAGAAUAAGCUGGAUACUGAAGAUGCGGUUAAUUGUCAGUCUCAGAUUGAAAGGUCAAAAAACAAGGAAAUUCGGUAUGGUGGAACUGAAAGUGAGAAUGAGAAAAAGUCGGAACCAACAUCUUUAUUGAACAAAUAUACUCCUCAAGCGACUUCCAAAAAAGUUGGGGCAAAGGUUGAGCAUCAGGCAUCCAACUUCACUACUUCUAGACUGACGAAACUGUCUACCAGACUUAACUUUCUGAAGGAGCGUCGAAAUCAAAUUCAGCAACCACAGCCAUCUCUCAGUAAUAAGUCUCGAGUAUCUGAAACUCAUUCUGUAUCAAACCCAGAAAAGGGCAGAGCUACGGACAGCACCCAGCCAUCCCCGAUUCCAGAUAAAGGUUCAGGCAAAGAAACUUAUUCGCUCCAAAAUUCGGAUAAAAUGAGAAAAUCAGAUGGUCAGUCAACCCAUCACCAAGAUAAAUGGAAUCAAAAUCAAUCCUCGGAAAGAGGAAGGUCCGAAGGCUAUCAGUCUUAUAAUGUGGAUAAAGGUCGAUGAUUAGAACGCCAAUUUUAUGUUACGAAGAACAAAUUCCAGAUUAUACAAGGCCAUUGCAAUCAUCCAGCUUUCACGUGGCAUUGCUUAUGUCUUCCACAAUGUUUUGAGCGGGUUUAUAAAGCAGAGUCACAAGAGAAACUUCGUUUGAUAAGGUUGACGCACGGGCCGAUGUUUAAAUCGAAUGCCAAAAAAAAAAGUCCAUUUUCCUUUAAUUUAGGAUGCUCAAGGCACAGUUCAACCUUCCCCCGUUAGAUUAAGUGGAACUAUCUAUGAUCUGAGCUGCUUAUUUUUGCAGUCAUAGUGACAGCACUGUGGUUUUGUAAUCACAUUACCGCAUUGAUAAAUGCAGUAUUGUUAGUUUCUCGGUACAUAAAUGCAGAUUAACCUUUGACCCUA